AUGGCAAACUAUGAUUGUUCCCCAUUUGUUUCCAGUCCAAAAUUUUCGAAAUCAACUCGUCAACGCCAUUUUUACGACGAAGCUCAAUUAGCUGUUCUUAACGCAGAGUUUGCUAGAGAUUCGUUUCCCAGCCGAGAAUGUCGACUCCGUAUUGCUUUUUUGAUUGGCGUUUCAAGCAAAUCCGUUAUGUGGUGGUUUCAAAAUCGUCGACGACGUGUGCGCCAAAGAGGAUUUGGAACAGGAGUCACAGUGCAAACUUACGAAACAAGCCGUCAACAGUGUCGAUCAUCCCCGUACGCUCCAUCUCAUCGAAUUCAAAAAGAUAUUUUACCUCAUCGCCUGUCAACGCCUGGGUUGUAUACCCAAACUCUGGAAGAACGUUCGACAAACUGUUGCACGAACGAGACAUCAACGAACUUCCCGCAGUUUCACCUGAACAGCAAAUCAACUGAUUGGACAGGUUACCGUCAGGAGAUUAACCCUCAACCUGCAUUAGUUGGCUAUUUUUCUGGAUACCAAUUUCCUGGAUACCAACCGAGCGAUCAACAAGAGCAAGGCUAUUCUUAUUGGAGUAACUGGGAGGCUCCUACUUCCUACCCAUCCUCUUCAAACACUAUGCAGAAGACAACCAUUCUGUACCCCGAAACGCAAGAUCCGUACAAAUAUACCAACGCUUCAUGUAAUAGUUAUUAACCAACUGAAAAAGAAAAUCGAUGUACUAGUAGUGACACUCCUGUAGUUUCAUCAGUUUCCAAAUAAAUUUUCUUUUGCUAUCUA